UCUGGACCAAAAAAGGAGUGAGACAAGGGUGUGCGUUGAGCCCGUUAUUAUUUAGUAUAUAUAUUGCGGAAUUAGAUAAGAUGAUGGAAAGGAGAGGUGUAGGAGGAAUAGAAUUAGGUAAAGAUAGAAUAUGGAAUAUAGCAUAUGCGGAUGAUAUUGUGUUGAUAGCAAAGAACAGGGUAGCGAUGUUAGAUAUGAUGGACACGUUGAAGAAAUUUAGCGUAUGCGGAUGAUAUUGUGUUGGUAGCAAAGAACAGGGUAGCGAUGUUAGAUAUGAUGGACACGUUGAAGAAAUUUUUAAAGGAAAGAAGGCUAGAGUUAUCGACGGAGAAAACGAAAAUAGUGGUGUUUAACAGGAAAGGUAGGGAGAGGAAAGAAAAAUGGAAAUGGAAGGAUAAAGGGAUUGAAGAAGUAAAGGAGUUUAAGUACUUAGGAUUUACGUUUAAUCAAGCAGGGAAUUAUAAGGCACAUAUAAGGGAUUUGUAUAAGAAAGGCAGGGUAGCUUUGAACAAGGUUUGGGGUUUGGGAGAAAGAAUAUGUAGAGAUGAUUUUGUAAGGAGAUGGGCAUUAUUUAGAUAUCUAGUACAAAGUGUGAUGUCGUAUGGUGUAGAAGUAUGGGGGUGGGAGGAAAAAGAGAAAUUAGAAAGAAUCAUGAUGGAUUAUGUAAGGUGGAUUUUUAGAUUGGAUUUCUGUACACCGAGGUAUAUAAUUAUGUAUGAACUAGGAAUGGAAAAAUUGAAAAUAGGAUGGGGUAUAAGGGCGAAAAGGUAUGAAGAAAAAAUUAGGAACAGUAGUGAAGAGAGACUAAUAAAAAAUACAGAUGUCCAGGGAACAUCCAGAGUAUAUCCUAAGGAAGUCAUAAGGACAUUUCUUCAUUCUCAGGAUGUCUUUAGGACAUGUCUGGGUUUGAUCUUUUAUGACGUAAAGGAGCUAAUUGAAGAUUAUAAAAUCAAGGUUCUUUCAUUGACAUAA